AUGUCGUCGCCGACCCUUCCCACGCGUCGACCGACUUACCCUCUCGCUCACGCUUUUCGCCGUAAACCUCGUCGUCUACCUCUCGUCCUCCGCUUCUCCAAGGGUGCUAUACACAACAUCAUCUUGUUACCAGUGCUGCUCCACUCGCUCUUCACUGCCUUGAUCGUCUACAUCGAUACGCGUUAUGUAGACAGCAUAUCCAUCCCCGCGACCAUUAUACCCUCGCUCUCCAUAGUGGUCGGUCUCAUGUUGGUGUUUAGGAAUAGCACAGGCUAUGACCGUUUCUGGACCGGACGAAACUGCCUGACUACAAUCGGAACAUGCGUACGAAACCUCGCUCGAAUCUGUCUCGUCAACUCGCGAGACAAAGACGGCCAUUCCACGGAAGAGGAGAGGGGAGACACAGAGAAGAUAGUACGAGUCCUCGUAGCAGUCCUCUACUCCAUCAAGCACAAUCUCCGCGCAGAAUUCAACAUCCCACCCGCAAGUCUCGCCUCCUUACCCCCACAGCCAAGCGUGUACCCGCAGCGCUCGCGCCCCGUAUCCAGACGCCCCAGCUACAUUGACCGCACGGGGUCCAAUUUCGGGAGUAUUUCGUUCCCUCCGACUCUCGUGAACAGCACGAGCACGACACCCCUCCUCAGCCAAUCUACCGCCACGCUCGAAAACGGCGACGGCACAACGCCCAUGAAGAAGGACGAAUACGUCUCUCUCCUCCCUGAAGGCUUGAUGGGCUACGAAGACCAAGGUCUCGGUUUACCUCUACAGCUCACAAUCCUAAUGGAAGGUUAUAUACGCCGCGGCCACGACAGAGGCUGGUUCCACGCACCACUCUCUUCUCAAAUGACCGUUCAGCUAAACACUCUCGUCUCUGCGUACGGCACUAUGGAAACCAUUCACAGCACGCCCAUACCCGUUGCACACCUCAUCCACCAAAAGCAGGUCCUCGCAUUGUAUGCUUGUGUGCUGCCUUUUGCCAUUGUGGAUGAUUAUAGGUGGUGGAGUGUGCCUAUUGUAGCUAUUAUUGCGUUUACGCUCUAUGGUAUUGAAGGCAUUGGCGUGCAGUUGGAGGAUCCUUUCGGGUAUGAUAAGAACGAUAUUAAAAUGGAUGGGAUUAUUGAGGAUACGAGACAGGAGGUUAUGGUGUUGUUGGAGGAGUGGAGGGCGAGCCAUGAGGGGAGGGCUAUGGGGGGUAUGUUUGAAUGUGAGUGA